UCCUACACCAGCUGCGAGUCCUUCUCAGUCUGCUGCUAAGCGGAUGGUAAUUGAUGGCCGCUGAUGGCUUAUUUUGUUAUUUUUAAAACUUAUUUUGACCAAUAUUUGUAUAGGUUCCAUUCGAUGGUAACAUAAUGAUCGAGUACAAUGCUCUGCGUGAUGCAAUUUGUUACGGGAGAGAAGGUCAAUCGAAGGAUUCGCUCAAUGCAAUGGUGGGAACUUUAAUUGAUUAUUUUAUCCUGCCCCAAGAGCAAGCUGAAUACUCUCUCAGUGGUCGUGCAUGCCGUUCAAUCCCGAACAGUAAGCCAAAGAAGCCGUUCCCGGUCUCUACCAUAGAUGCUAUGACCAAUUUCAUUCUUCCGAGAUGGAAGACAUGGCACAACAAUGAUCUUUCCAAGGAACAAAUUAAGGCCGCCAUAACCGCAAAGCUUGUGAAUAGCCACUCAAAAACAAAGAAGAAGAAUUUAAAAGGGCAGCAGCAAAACGUUGAAGAUGACAUAUUUGGUGGUGAAGCUAAUAACAAUGGAUUGCUUGAUAACAACCAGCAAAUAGAAGAAAAUGACUCAGCCUAAGUUUAUUCGCGUACAUUUUACGUUCCCACUGUCCUGCCAUUUUGUGCUCGAGUUCAAUUUUAUUCUAUCCAAUUGAUUGAUUGUCACGUAUUUUAAUUCCUCUAAUGCCGUGCGAAAUGUUUUUAUUGGUCUUAAACGUACGUUUAACCCUAUUUCCCACUAGUUGUUCACACUUGUGUGAAUUUUACCUUA